AUGAGCUUAACCUGUCAAUCACCUACUCAGCAUUGGAGCAGUGAAAAUGAAUUGAUCAUCUCUUGCUCAACCAACAGUGACAACGAUUCGAUAUCACACAAACAUUGUCCACCGCAGGAAUUCAUGAAUGUAUUAUACGCAAAGAGAUAUCAUAUGAAUCCAACCACUGGACCUCAUCAUCAACAACAUAAAGAUGUAUUGAAGCCUAUCAGCAGCCAUGAACUCAACCGCUUGUUGAACACAGCCAUCCCAUUAAUUAUCGAUGUCCGCGCGAUCACGCAUUUCUCAGCACAUCACAUCAAAUCAGCCAUCAAUCUGACAAUGCCUUCCAUCCUACUAAAGCGUGCAUCUUACACACUUGAUAAAGUGGCACAGUCUUUGGCCAGUAAUAGCGACGCGGAUCAUUUCAGACAAUGGCCAUCGACAUCACAUAUCAUCUUUUAUGAUCAUGCCUCUGUUUCAACUACUGAUUCUGGUAACUCGGCCACUGCUAUCCUCUUGGCUCUAAAGUUCAAAAAUGCAAACUAUCAAGGCCAAUUAAACUAUUUGAAAGACGGAUUCAGUCAAUUUCAAAGACUUUAUCCAGAUCAAUGCAAACAAAACCAGGCAGCUAAUAAUAAUAAUAAGCCAACAGUCGAGACACCCUUUUUUGUCAACAUACGUCAAAACAUUGAGCUACCGCAGGGUCAAAUUCAAGAGCGCUUUACUAUCCGUAUCCCUUAUGGCAAAAGACUUGAUCAUGGAGUUAUCCAUCUAUCUGCUUCACCCACACAUCAUCCUAGAUAUGGGUUAGGUGGAAGCUCAGUGGACACACAAGGAAACUUUGAGUUACCCAUAUGGCUAAAGAGAAUUAUGGAUAAAGAUAAUGGACCUAAAAGGCUAGCAGAAGCGUACGAGCAAUUAGAACGUACUGAGCAGAAGCGACUUUCCUUUGUCUUGGAGUAUCAUUCAUCUCACAAAUCAACUGAGUUCCCGCUGAGCAUUGCCUCAGCUAUCGAAAAGGGAACAUUGAACCGAUACAAUAACAUUUGGCCUUAUGAAUAUUCUAGGGUAAAGCUGCUCGAUAAGAAAGAUGACUAUAUUAAUGCGAGCUAUAUACAAUAUGCAGUCAGAAAGAAUGAUGCAUUGUUACGUUCUGUGACACCACUGUCUAGGAUGGAUCAGGAUCUUAUUCAGUCUGGAAUCAUUAGUCAGGAUGCAUUAGAGACAAUGCGAAACCCAGACGUGCUGGACAAGAACAGGAAAUACAUUGCUACUCAAGGACCAUUGCCUACCACAUUUGAUGACUUUUGGAAAAUGAUUUGGGAUGAAAGCUCAUAUGUCAUUGUUAUGCUUACCAAUGAGGAAGAAUUAAACAAAAUCAAAUGUCAUCGGUAUUGGCCGUCAACUGUGGGUGCAUCACAAAAUUAUGGAUCGAUCACUGUCACGAUGAUAUCUGAACAGGCACAGCCAGUUAUGAAUAUGAAUGAUAAACGAGAACGGAGUGAAGAAGAUCUUAUUAUCAUUCGUAAAUUUCAUCUCAAACAUCGAUCCUCCUUGCUCCAAGAUCGUACUGUUACCCACUUACAGUACACUGGAUGGUCAGACUUUGGUGUCCCAGAUCACCCCAUUGGUCUACUACAAUUGAUUCACACUGCUGAUGAGGCAUACAAGAUAGAGCAUCAAGAAAAGGGCCCUAUGACCGUGCAUUGUUCAGCAGGAUGUGGUCGAACUGGCACCUUUUGUGUCGUGGAUACGAUCAUUCAACGACUAUGGCAUGAGAGGGAUGUCUAUACGAACACGAUGACUGAUAAAGUACAGGAGGCUGUCAGUCGGUUUAGGGAACAGAGAAUGAGUGUAGUACAGACCCAGAGACAAUAUGUAUUUUGUUAUGAAGCUAUUCUCUGGUGGUUGCUUGGUUACGGACAUUUACCUACAACUCCUAAUUCUCCACGCGGUUCAUUUUACUUGGAUGAAGAUGGCGCUUUGGCGGACGGAGAAGAUAAUAAUGAUGAUGUAAAUUCAGUAAAUGGUAUUGUACAUACUUUUAAAGGCUUGUAA